CGGAUUCCGGCUGUUAUUAAUUAUGUCUGUGAGACAUGAAAAUAGUCGACUGGUGCUUUCAGUGGCUUGGAAAUCUCCCAAGACGCAUUUCGCUGGGAACAUACGGAGCACAAACGCAAGAGCUGAAAUUUGAUACAAUCCUCAGUUUUCCAGGAAGAACAGUGCAUCGAUAGUAAAAUAAUGGGCCCUUCCAUUCAGACAUUGCAUCGGCUUCGUGAACGAAGAUGUUUUCGGAUACUAAUAAAAGGCCUUGAGGCGAGCGAACUAGGCGCGUUCGGGUACGACGAGGAUAGCAGCUAGAUGGCUCUUGUGUGCGAUGUAGGAUUUGGAGGACAGCGUCAUAGUUUGUUGGGAUAGUGCAUUAUCUUCGCACAGUAGACGCGAUCAGCCUGAUAUCUGAAAGGCGCAUUCAUAUCUAACCCUAAAGUUCUCACUAUAGUCGCAUUCGGGCAAAGAUGACGGCAAAUCUUAUUAGGAGUUACGCUUGUCUUUAUAAACGACUCUGAUAUCCUUUCAUCUGCCCUAGCUAAUAUUCUUGGGGAAAAUAAAUUAUGGCGAUUUUCGUCUCACUUGUUUUUACUCGGUGCAAAUUUAUUCUACGAAAUAUCUACUGGCGUGAAGCUUCAAAUAUUUGGCUACAGAAGAGUGCAGCCAUUUUUUUCAAUUCGCAUUUGAGUCCUUUCUUCUUCUCCCGCAUUGAUAUGCUGACCAGCGGAGAACGGCCUCGUAGACCUCUAAGUGAUGGGGUUGUGAUUAUGAGUGCGAAUAGUCGGGGCAGCGCGUGCUAUUCGAAGAGGAAUUCAACCCACGCCAAUACACAAUAUCAACACAAUGGCCGGACGCAAAUGCUGGGCGAAGAGGAUACAUGGGAAGUUCUUGUUUUACCAACCACUCCCAGCCCUGAAAAUGGAGAGGAUGAGGAUCUUGAGGUCCGCUGGGACGGCCCAGAUGAUCCAGCGGACCCGCGAAAUUUUUCUCUGAUCCUGCGAUGGUCUAUGGUUACCAUCAUAACUCUCUGUUCCUUGUGCACGAUUUUCACCUCCGCGCUAUACACGAUGACAUAUGAUCAGAUCACAGUGGAAUUCAACUGCUCAACGCUCGUUGCAACUCUUGGCCUGUCUCUCUUCAUAUUGGGCCUUGGAGUUGGCCCUCUGUUUCUUGCUCCUUUAUCCGAAUUUUAUGGCCGCCGUCCCGUAUACCUAGUCGCCAUGGUACUUUUCAUUCUAUGGCUAAUCCCGUGCGCGGCUGCCCAAAACAUCCAAACAAUGCUUAUAUCGCGCUUCUUUAGUGGAUUCUCGAGCAGUGCAUUUAUGUCAGUUGCUGGAGGGUCGAUCGGAGAUCUUUUCUCUCAGGAUGAUUUGCAGCGACCAAUGAUGGUUUAUACUGCUAUUCCAUUCAUGGGCCCCAUCAUUGGGCCGCUAGUUGGAGGAUUUAUUAACCAAUACACCUCCUGGAGAUGGUCAUUCUACGUCGUCAUAAUCUGGAGCGCUUCCCUGCUGAUUUGCAUGGUCUUUCUUAUGCCUGAAACAUACCAUCCCGUUCUGUUACGCCACAAGGCACAGAGAUUACGCAGGGAGACUGGUCGAGCUUAUUAUGCCUGGAUCGAAAAGACUGAUAAAUCAAUCGCAACGGAGGUGAUGUGGUCGUUUGCGCGGCCGCUGCAAUUGCUAUUCCUCGAGCCAAUGAUAACAUGUCUUUGUGUUUAUACAUCCGUAGCCCUUGGAAUUCUCUACCUCUUCCUUGGUGCUUUCUAUGCUGUUUUUACCCAUAAUUACGAUUUCGAACUAUAUCAAGUUGGCCUAUCGUUUCUCGGUUUACUUUUCGGAACCAUAACUUCCUUUGCUACGCAUCCAUUAUGGAACUGGAACUAUCGGCGACUUGUGCGUCAAAGGGAGGCGAACGGAGGAGAGCCAGGGGAGAGUGAGCCAGAAUACAGACUACCCCCUGCAAUUGCGUCUUCGAUUUUGCUUCCUCUUGGUAUGUUCUGGUUCGGCUGGACGACAUAUAAAUCCAUUCACUGGAUUGUCCCAAUUAUCGGCAGUGGCUUCUUCAGCGCUGGCGUCGUCCUCUCGUACAAUGGGAUUCUGACCUUUCUUGUACAUGCAUAUCCACUAUAUUCGGCAAGUGCUAUGGGUGCGAACUUGAUCUUAAGAAGCAUCUUUGCAGCCGCCUUUCCUAUAUUUGGUGUUCGAUGUAAGUUCCAAUAGUUUCGACAACCAGUCGUUUGCCCCGCGGCGCGGCUAACUUCUGCACGCCAAAAAAAAAAAAAAAAA